GCAAGAUGGAAGAAGAAUAAAGAGAAGAAGUGUAAACAUCAACGUAUGAUGUUUUGCUGACGACACUUCACUUAGUUUACGUGAAAUUUAUGCUUAGAAAGAUGUCGUCAGCGAACUCACUUUUUGUACCUGUUGAAGAGAAGCUCAUGGGUCUUGUUAUUGGAACUAAAGGAAGAAACAUAAAAGAGAUUGGAGAUAAUACCCAAACAACUAUUACGCGCAGGAAUGGGAGGGAGUCUGGUUUCGAAGUAACUGGCGGCACGCCAGAUAAUCGUGAACAAGCAAAGCUGGCCAUAGUUAGCAAGAUGACGUCAGCGAAGCCACUUUUUGUACCUGUUGAAAAGAAGCUCAUGGGUCGUGUUAUUGGAACUAAUGGAAAAAAAAUUAAAGCGAUUGAAAAGAAAACCAAAACGCGCAUUAGAUCCAGAAAUGGGAGGGAGUCUGGUUUCGAAGUAACUGGCGACACGUCAGAUAAUCGUGAAGAAGCAAAGCUAGCCAUAGAACGUUCCAUAGUGAAGAGCGAGUCAAAAAUAUUUGAAGUCCCGAAAGAAUAUAUAAAACUUGUAAUGGGUAAAGAGCGUAAGAAUAUAGAUAACAUUCAAAUGAAAUCAAAAACAAAGAUAACAGUGCUCCGUCAUGAAGAAGAUGAAGGAGGCCCAAUCCCAUUGAACAUUUGUGGACGUCCGGCAAAUUGUGGCCGAGCAGUAUCGCUUAUCCGACAAUGCAUAGGUGCUUUUAAAUUGAAGAGCAUUGGAUAUAGUAGCAAUGCGAAGUUUGUUUGCCUUGACUUCAAAAGUGAAGAUGAAGAGUUCCAAUUAAACGCAGACAACGAUCCUCCUAAAUUGGACGCUUUUAUCAAAGGACGGAGAUAUAGGAUCGAGACUGUGAUUGAAAGUGAGAGCGACAGUGAAUGCGAGUUCGAGAGCGAAAUCGACAAUGCCCGCACGAUAUCAAAAAUUGAGCAAUAUUUAUUAAAAUCUUUGCAAAGUUUGGAGAAAUGUAAGGAUAAAAAUGAAUUGCUGGUUGACCUUUGGUGUCAUUUUGGGAAAGUCCUUGUAGCGAAUGUUGAUGAAGAGGAAAAUAAGAAUGUAUUUAAACCAGCGGAUAUUAUUCGACGACUCAAAAAGAAAGACAAAGCCGCGUUAAAAGACAAGAACGGCACUUGGGAUGUUUCUUUUGAAGAGGGUGUAAAACCAUUGCAUAUUAACCAAGAUGCGCUUCCUCAACCUGGUGUUAAGGACUUUGGAGAUUUAAAACUUAGGCUGGCUCACACACAGUGGCGCUACGAUUUCGGUUUCAACUCUCCAUCAGAAAGGACUGUACGAUUGAAGGUAUGGCAAAACUUGCCGUCUGAUAUUGCGGACGGGCCACCAGUUGAAGUAAAGAAUAUUUUAAAAAAAGUUAUUCUCGAGGCCGAUAAGAGCAUUGAAGCUUGGAUUUGUCAUCCCUCCACCACAGUUCUCCGAGGGGAGAUAAUGAUACCUACUUCUCGGUAUGACUGCAGAAUGAAGUUAAGAGCAGGUCCCCGUUAUGCGGCUGACAAAGAUAAUGUUUCCAUAGAGGAAGACGAAAUUCUAACGGACUAUCUUUCCCACUGCAAAAUUGAUACCGAAAAACAUAGUAUGGAUUUGCCAGACAAGAAUGACCAUGAAAUUCCAAAAGGCUUUGCGUGCACGUUCUACCGUGAAGCGGAGGAAAGAAUGUAUCGCACUACCUUUGAAGAUGAGGAAUUUCUUGUUAUUGUAUUGGACCAAACAGGUUGGGAUUCGGAUACGUCGAACAAAAGGGUUCAAAAGCAGUUUGGUGUAAGGGUCGUAAUGGACGCCUGGUCAGAGGAACUAUUAUCACCCAAUCGAAACUGGAACCCGAAGAAAAUACUAAACAAACUUGACGUGUACAUGAAGUUUCUAUGUUUUCUUCAAAAUCACUUGUUUUAGUAUAAUAUCUAUAUAUAGGCACCUACUACCAUAUAU